AUGGUACACAGUGGUUUAAAUUCAAAUAGAAAUAAUUUAACAUCAUCAACAGCAUCAUUAACAAACAUUCCAACUAUUAUAACAACUUCACCAUCAUCUUCAUUAAAGAAUAUUAAUUCGACAACAAGUAAUAAUUUAACAUCAUAUGACGAGGUUGAAAAAGGAUUCAGGGUCCAUGAGGAAGAUGAGGCAGUCGAAUUAAACGAAUCAUUAAAUGAAUUUAACAAUGAAAGAGGGGUUGGUGUUGGUUUUGACAAUAGUGAUGUUGGCGAGGCUCAAGAAGAAGAUGAUGACAAUAACAAGAAUAUGGAAUUUAAAUUCGAUUUAGAUUUGACUACAAUUAAUGUAAUGGACUAUAUCGAUGACUUUGAAAAGAAAUUAUUGGAAUAUUCAGAAAAAGAACAAGUAGUUCAAGAUUUCAACAAAAUAACAUAG